ACGGCGGCCGGAGCGGCAGGACCAGCCCAGCGGGGAGGACGCUCCCGGACCAACCAAGAGGAUGGAAGCUCUUGCGAAGGAGUCGAGUGCCUCGGUAACCUCAUCAUGAAAGGCAGAAAACUCGCCCUAAGGCAUCUGGGCAUUGAGCCAGCCAGAAUAUACCUGCCCUUUCACAAACAGCUCCCAGCACAAUCAGUGGCAAUGUCAGAAUAUCUAGCUAUAGCCCUCGCCAGAUUUGGGGGGGAAGUCUGGUAUGCCACAAAGCCCCCCUGGACUCAAAUGCUAGCUAUUGUCGACGUCGACCUUCCGCGGAAAAUCAUGGACCGGCCCCAACAGGGACCAAUGGUCUUCACAGACGCAUCCUCAGCGACCUCAACCGCGGCAGCAGUAUGGCAGUCGGGAGGAGAAUGGCACUGUGUCAAAAUGACCGAUCGUGCGAUCUCCGUCCAACAGCUGGAAGCAGCAGCUGUAUUGCUGGCGUGCGGUCUGACCCAACAGAACAUCUCAACAUAUUUUUAUCUGCAGUACCGGAUCAUCGGACACCCCUGUAACCCGUAUACCCUGGUGACAAGAGAAGACGACAAGUUGGCAAGCGGCCUGUCCGCAUCUGAGGACUCUGCACCGGUGGAGUCCAGACAACGGCGAUACAGCCCCUGCAGGGGGGUCCAGAACCAGCUAGAAAGGGUCAACAUCAUGUUUGUAGAGCACCAACAACUGCUUUAAAAGUGUACUUGAUCAGUAUUUCCCCCGAUUCUCCCUGGCUCUCCCCAAAUAUCCCAAGCCACACUCCAUUACCCCCAGUCGUUUCCCAAGUGCCAAUUGCUCAGUGUGCCUUAUCUUUGUAUAUGUUAGCCUGUUUAGUUAAGCAUGGGGGGGGGGGGGGGCGGGAAAUGUUGCUAGGUAGGGCCUGGCGGCCGGAAGAUCUCACGCUGUAUGGAAACAUAGGGCCCCCCUCCAAGCAGCCAACAGCUUUUAGUUUAUGAUGUAAGCAGACGGAAGUGACAUUGUAAACCUAGGCUAUAUAGUGUCGCGUCGUUCAGCAAUAAACGCCAUUUACCAUCCACACAUUGGUGUCUGUGAGCUGAUGGACCGCGCGGCCAGGGGUCGGCCGCCGUGCCAUUCCUGAACCAGGUCACCGCGUGCCUGUGAAGGCAACAGGAAGGCAAAGACCGGUAACAUCUUGGGGGAUCAGAAGGAAGUCAAGAUUAACUACAUUUAGAGCCCAACGCAUUACCUGAAGGAAUUACUACAACAGAACAAGAGGCAGGAACGAUUGGUAGACAGGCAGGUAACAUGCGCAGCAGCAGUACCCAGUCAGACUUGCAGGACUUGCAGUUACUUCAUCCUGCAACUUUGUUU